CCAGUCGACGUCGGUUAUCCAUGAUGCACACACCCCGCCUGUCGAAUAUUAAGCGGGCAUCGGUGCUCCUCGUCACCGCCCUGCUCCUCUAUGUCUUCGUUUUCUCCAGUGGCUAUCAGAAGUACCAGAUCGAGGGCAUUAUCAAGCAGAGUCAACCGGAAAAGGUCUGGGAGUAUGUGGCGGAUUUUAAUAAGAUGCGUCUGCUCAAUCCCACCAUUUUAAACUUCAAGAUCCUAGCUGAUCAUGGCCACGCCCACGACUGGCGUUACACGGUGCAGUACACAGAGCGACUAUCCCAUUGGCCAUACUGGCUGAAUACGGCUACGGCCAAGUACGUGGUCACCAAGUCAUUACCCGGAGUAUCGCCCGUGGCCUAUGCCAUUAAGUCCACGCAUCAGACUUGCUUCUUUGCCGGAUUCUAUUGCCUACAAUCACUGAGUGAAUUCACGUUCAGAAACUCCAAUGGUGAUACCUUUGCCCAGGAGAACAUCCAGUAUCAGUGUCCACCACUCUUGGGCGGCAUGUGUAGGCGGGAACUGGAGUUCCAGCGCCAGGCGGUGAUGCACAACUUAACGAUAAUAUUCGGAAAACAGAGAGGAUAGCAUACCAGGAUCUAGUUCAAAUUUAAAUCAUAUGUGCAAACAACUAAUUGACUUACCUACCAAUAAUCUUAAUUCCUAAUAAAAAAAA